AAGGUGGCGCUUUAACAUUUCAUUUUCUCAGUCACAACAUAGAACUCUGAUUUUGCAACUCAAACCACCUCUCCCUCUCUCUCACCUCCUCUCUUGUGCUCAACAAUACCAUGGAAGCCACAAAGAUGUUGCUAAUCUCUCCACAGCCAACGUCAAUGACAUCACUACGGGCCAACAAAUUCAAUGUCAAGUACAGACUAACAAGGCCAACUCACUCCCCACUAAAGGUCCUAGCCAUGGCAAAGGAAAGCAAUGACGACAGUAGCGGUGGCAUUGCAGAGAAAGCAGCCAUUGCAGGCGGCUUAGUGUCGACAGUGGUCAUCGGUUGGUCACUCUACACCCUUAAGACCACCGGCUGCGGCCUGCCACCGGGUCCCAGCGGCUCAAUAGGCGCAUUAGAAGGUGUUAGCUAUUUAGUUGUCGUGGGAAUUGUGGCUUGGUCAUUGUACACCAAAGCCAAAACUGGCUCAGGUUUGCCUAAUGGCCCUUUUGGGUUAUUAGGUGCCGUCGAAGGCCUGUCCUACUUGUCGUUGCUCGCCAUUUUGGUGGUGUUUGGUCUGCAGUUUUUGGAGCAGGGCUCAAUCCCAGGACCUCUUCCAAGUGACCUGUGCUUUGGCUGAGUUGCUACAAUUGAGUAUGUCUCUUGUUGUUUAGGAUAAUGUGUUUUUUUUUUUUUUUUGCUAGGAUAAUGUGGUUUAGGCCACUAGAAUUCUAUCCCUUUAUUUGUGGCCUUCUUUUAUUAUCUCCGUUCUCCAAGCUGUCUUGGUGUUAUCAUAAGAAAGUAUAUGGUUACUACUUGGUACUGGCACUGCCUUUUUUAAGCUUGGUACUUUUUUGUUCCCCAUCCAUGUUUGUCUUUGUGAUCUGUUCUUGUCAUCUCAUUUUUGUCGAGAGGCAAUUCUUCAUCCAUGCCCAAAAUAGAGAAUGUUGCUUCAAAACAGUUGUCAUGGCUAAUAUAUGAUACAAUCUCCUGUUUUAUAUAUGAUCUUUUUAACA